AUUCUGGCCUAUAUGAAAUCAUUGCCAGGAAUGACCUGAAUAAUGUCAGUUGUUUCAUGAACAUAACAGUCGAGUAUCCUCCAGAACUGAACUGCAACAAGAGCUAUGAAGUAAAAGAAAAAACACUCUUCAAACUUCCUUGCAUAGCCGAUGGAUUACCAAAGCCUGAAUAUUUCCUCUACAAAAAUGAGAAAAUUAUCCAGCAUGACUUUUAUCCCAAUUGGAAUGAUAGUGGCUUGUAUCAAUUAACUGCACAUAACCAACACGGAACUAGUAAUUCUACAUUCACCAUCAACAUCCUACAUGCUCCAAUAAUUCAGUUUUGUAGAGACUGGUCACCAUUUACAGAGACCUCAUUGGAUUCAUAUCCUUUAAAUUUAUAUUCUGUUGAGGGUAACCCUCGUCCAGACAUCUCCUGGAGACACAAAUCAUCACCUUUCAAUUCCUCUAUACCUCUUACCAGAUUUGAUUCUGGCCUAUAUGAAAUCAUUGCCAGGAAUGACCUGAAUAAUGUCAGCUGUUUCAUGAACAUAAUAGUUGAGUAUCCUCCAGAACUGAACUGCAACAAGAGCUAUGAAGUAAAAGAAAAAACACUCUUCAAACUUCCUUGCAAAGCUGAUGGAUUACCAAAGCCUGAAUAUUUCCUCUACAAAAAUGAGAAAAUUAUCCAGCAUGACUUUUAUCCCAAUUGGAAUGAUAGUGGCUUGUAUCAAUUAACUGCACAUAACCAACACGGAACUAGUAAUUCUACAUUCACCAUCAAGAUCCUAUAUGCUCCAAUAAUUCAGUUUUGUAGAGACUGGUCACCAUUUACAGAGACCUCAUUGGAUUCAUAUCCUUUAAAUUUAUAUUCUGUUGAGGGUAACCCUCGUCCAGACAUCUCCUGGAGACACAAAUCAUCACCUUUCAAUUCCUCUAUACCUCUUACCAGAUUUGAUUCUGGCCUAUAUGAAAUCAUUGCCAGGAAUGACCUGAAUAAUGUCAGCUGUUUCAUGAACAUAAUAGUCGAGUAUCCUCCAGAACUGAACUGCAACAAGAGCUAUGAAGUAAAAGAAAAAACACCCUUCAAACUUCCUUGCAUAGCCGAUGGAUUACCAAAGCCUGAAUAUUUCCUCUACAAAAAUGGGAAAAUUAUCCAGCAUGACUUUUAUCCCAAUUGGAAUGAUAGUGGCUUGUUUCAAUUAACUGCACAUAACCAACACGGAACUAGUAAUUCUACAUUCACCAUCAAGAUCCUACAUGCCCCAGUGUUUUAUGACAGCCAAGAGAAAUUUGUUAUGGAAGAAGGCAGCAAUAUAGCGCUAGAGUGCAACACCACUGGUAACCCUGAACCUGAGGUGUGGUGGAGCUUCAAAAAUAGGAACAUUUCCACUGGGGGGCGCCACUUUAACAUUGAGAGAGCCACGUCUACCAGUGCUGGAGUUUACACAUGCAGUGCCACGAAUAAAUUUGGACGCAAUGACAAGACCUUCAUAGUGGAGAUAAAAGCUUUGGACUAUGUCUUUCCCAACUACAUUCUAAUUGUUGUAGUGGUAUUUGCACUGCUUGCUGUAAUCAUCAUUUUAGUGGUCGUAAUAUGGAGGAGGAGAAAAUCAAGUGGACAUUAUGAAAUAGGCCUACUGUCAGAAAUGCAGCCGUUAAGCAAUGGGAGCCUUUAGUGAGUUUUAUCUUGUUUUAAUAGGUUGAAAUAUGCUUAAAAUUGAAAAAAGACAAAAUAUUGGGAACAUCAUUGAGGUUACAAUAAAUAAACACAUUCUAUAAAUGUCUGUGGUGUAACCUGUAAGUUAUCUUGUCACAUGACAACAAAAUGUUUUGCGGUAUGUUGGUUAUGGUUAUUUGCUGUACAGUAUCACUCUUAGAAGAAAAUUUUAAAAACUGUGGGGGUAUUCUAUAAAUUUACAUUUACAUUUUUGAAACUUUUUGAAAAGGUUCUAAUUGGAACCUUCGAUUAAAGAGGCAUUAAUGACCCUCAUCGUUCCUUCUUGAACAUUUGUCUAGAUAGCAAUAACAUUUAAAAUUAUUAUUAUUAAUUUUAUACAUUACUAAUAUAAUUUGACUAAAUAAACAGAACAUCAUGAGUGUCCAUAAACUGUUUAAUACAUAAAUAUGUAUUGCAAACAAAACAACAAACACAUAAAGAAAG